GGGUGGCUAAGGUGCAGCUCGGCGCCCCCGGCCCGGCCCGCACGGCCCGAGCCAGGCCGUGACCGAGCCUCCCGAGGAGCCGCCGCCCCAGGCUGUCCCGCGGGAAGGGCAGGAGCGCGGCCUCGGGGAGCACUUGUGGGCCGGAGGCGGCCCCGGCCGGGCCGAGCUGUACACACCCUACCCGCCUCAGCAGGGCCCCGGGCAGGCACCUUUUGAGGGCUUGGAGACUGAGCGAGACCCGCAUCAGCCUCAGCAGUCGGAACGGGGGGUAAGGCAAGGGUCUGGUCAGCCACCGGGGCUGAGGGACAGCAUGGAUCAGCCACAAGCACCAGACCAAGACCGCUACCAAGCACAGGACCGAAGAAGAAGUGUCAGCCAGACCCAUCCACCAGAACAAGCACCGUAUCAACCACAGACCCUGAUCCAACACCUCGAUCACCCACAGGGAGCAGAACAAGGCUCUUACAAGCUACAGGUGCCCGAAACAAACACCAGCCAGAGAUAUGCACUGGGACAAGACUCUUACCAAUCACAGGAGGCAAGGCAAAGCAUGUAUCAGUCGUAUGCACUAGAAUUAGACCCUUACCAAACACAGAAAUCAAAAAGUGCCUAUCAGACAUACGCAGUAGGACAAGAUCCCUAUGAAGCCUAUGAACGCCGGCAUGGACCCUAUCAGCCACAUGAACCAGGUUAUGGUCUUUAUCAGCCAGGAUACAGUCCAUGUGAUGAUCAGAUCCCUGAUCCCAAGUCCCGAAUCCUGGCAAUUCAGAAUGCAAAAGCCUAUUUACUGAAGAGCAGCACAACAUCUGGCCUGAACUUAUAUGAUCAUCUUGCUAAUAUGCUAACAAAGAUCCUGGAUGAACAGCCCACAAAUGCUGUAGACAUAAUUGAGAAUAUCAGCAAGGAUGUGAAGUGGGCUCGGUUUCAGAAAAAAAUGGACACUCUUCGAGAUGAAUAUGAGAUUCUUCCAACAUUUGAAGCUGCAGAAAAACGUAAAGCUUUGUUCCUCAAGGCAAAUGGAGAAGGAGAUGAAGAACUAGAAGAAGAGAUAGGAGAGGUUCCUCUACCUAAUGUGAUGGAAACAGCCUUUUAUUUUGAACAGGCUGGAAUUGGUUUGAGCAAAGAUGAAUCUUAUCACAUAUUCCUUGCCCUUAAAAAACUAACUAGUGUUCAGCCAAUCCAGAUCUGUCGCUUCUGGGGCAAAAUUUUGGGCCUGGAGAUGAACUAUAUUAUAGCUGAAGUACAGUACCAUGAGGGCGAAGAGGAUGAGGAAACAGAAGAGGAAGAAGUUAUUGAGGAAGGAGGGAAAGGGAUGGGUGAGGUUGAAGAUGAAAACGAGGAGAAAGAAAAAGAAGACGAACUACCAAAGACCACCUAUAAGCCUCCCCCUGUCAUCCCAAAAGAAGAAAAUGGGACUGGGGCUAAUAAAUAUGUCUACUUUGUCUGUAAUGAACCAGGGAAACCCUGGGUGAAGUUGCCUCCAGUGACACCAGCCCAGAUUGUCUGUGCCAGGAAAAUCAAGAAGUUCUUCACUGGUAGGCUGGAUGCUCCUGUUGUGAGCUUUCCUCCUUUCCCUGGAAAUGAGGCCAAUUACCUGCGUGCACAGAUAGCUCGGAUCUCAGCAGGAACCCAUAUCUCUCCCAUUGGAUUUUACCAGUUUGCAGAGGAGGAAGGAGAUGAAGAGGAGGAGGGGGGUGGAGAAAGAGAUACAUAUGAAGAAAACCCUGAUUUUCAGCCUCUUUCUGUGGUUGAAAUGGUAGAUUCUCUCUCCACAUGGGUACACCACGUACAGAAUAUUCUAAAGCAGGGCCGCUGUGUUUGGCUUAAUCCUUUUCAAAAAUCAGAGGAAGAAGUAGAAGAAGAAGAUGAAGACGACGAGAAAGCAGAGGAGCCAGAUGAACUACAGCAAGAAAUCGGACCACCUCUUCUCACUCCACUCUCUGAAGAUGAAGGAAUUCAGAACAUCCCUGCUUGGACAGCUCAGCCUUCUACAACCCUGAUCCCGCAAUACGCUGUUGCAAUCCUCCAGUCUAACCGAUGGCCCGGAGCAUAUGCCUUUGCGUCUGGCAAGAAAUUUGACAACAUCUACUUUGGCUGGGGUCAUAAAUACAGUCCAGAGAACCACACUCCCGCACUGCCUCCACCAGUGCAACCAGAAUACCCCAGCGGGCCAGAAAUCACUGAGACAAGAGACCCCAGUCUGGAAGAGGAGCUGGCUUUCAAAGCUGCGAGGGAAGAAGCCUUAGCUGCAGCAGAGGAAGAGGAAGAAGGCACUGUUGAGGAGGAUGAAGAGGAGGAGGAGGAGGAGGAGGAUUAAAACACAGGAGAAAAAUGUAAUUUUAAGAGUUUAAACAUGAAUUAGUAGACCUUAAAAGAAAGGCAGUCUUCUUUCUGAUUUCUGUAGGCUCUUCUGUGUAGCUACCUUCCCCUCCUUUCCCACCCCUAAGCCUGCUGCUGUGAAGAUUGCAUCGUUGUCACUGGAAGAGAACACAACGAAGCAGCCUUGUUUCAGAGGAGUGGGCAAACAGUCUGCUUCUGGUUCCUAGAAUAACACUGCUUUGUAAGGAGUAACUACCGUUCACCCGGCGUGCACGUUGUUUUUCUAACCCGCGCUUCAAUACUUUUAUAAAUUUUACUUAAAAAGAAAAAAAAAAGUAAUUGUAUACAAAUGUCUCUUUUAUGUGCGAAAGUAUACUAUUUACAUUCA